GCCGGAAGUGGGAGGGGUCACGUGCCAAAGAGGAAAGGGCGAAGGGAGGAAACCUGACGGAGAAACAGAAAUGAUGAAGAGUGGCCAGCAGGUGGCGCAAUGAAACAACAUUGAAUCUCUCAGUCAUUUAAAAAAAAGGCCAAGGCAGAGGCAGAAAGCAGAGCUUGGACCUGCAGAUUUCAACCGAGAGAGAACAUGUCAUUCAGAUUCGGCCAACAUCUCAUCAAGCCCUCUGUGGUGUUUCUCCGGACAGAACUGUCCUUCGCCCUCGUGAACAGGAAACCCGUGGUCCCAGGACAUGUCCUGGUGUGUCCCCUCCGGCCAGUGGAGCGUUUCCGAGAUCUGCGUCCCGAUGAAGUGGCUGAUCUGUUUCAGGCAACCCAGCGGGUCGGCGCGGCGGUGGAAAAGCAUUUCCAGGGGACUUCUCUUACUUUUGCUAUGCAGGAUGGCCCCGAAGCCGGACAGACCGUGAAGCACGUUCACAUCCAUGUUCUGCCCAGGAAGGCUGGAGACUUCCACAGGAAUGACAGCGUGUACGAUGAGCUCCAGAAACAUGACAAAGAGGAGGCAGACUCCCCAGCCCUGUGGAGAUCGGAGGAGGAAAUGGCAGUAGAAGCCGAGGCGCUUCGGGCCUACUUCCAGUGAAACGGGCAGGAAAAGCAACUUGGACAAAUCCCGAGGCAUAAGGAAAUGGUCCUUGUUCUCAGGACUCUGCGGCAUUGGAAGUGACGCUGAGCAGACUUGAUUACAUCCUACAAUUUGGCAACCUUUUGCUCAGCAUUUUAUAGCCCUGCGGAAAACCACCCAGUUAUGUUUCCAUCGCGAUGUCUGACAGGCUAACUUCAAAACAACGGCAUUGGUGGCCCUUCCACACUCCUGGUCUGCGCAACUCAGAACAGAGCCCUUUCUACAUUGCCCCUCCGCCUGGAUGGGAAUAAAAUGGCAGUUAAGAUAAAA